CACUACACAAAACUCUCGCGCGUGAAUCGUGAGAGCAAAUCUGAUAAUAACCAAUGGAGCAAACUAGUAGCGUAAUGGCAAUAAAUAAUAACGGACGAGCAAGUGCAAUGGAGACUGAUGUGCUGUUGGUUGUUAAUGCUGCAGCUCCAUUAAAGUCCUCCAAACUUGGCAUUGUUCUUGCUUCUAUCACAGGUGGAAUUGGAAUAACAAUAAGUGUGCUUUGCUUGCCAUUUGUCAGUCCAGGAUUCAGAAGAAUAUGUUUACCGUAUGUCCCUGCAACGACAAACCAAGUAAAAAAUAUCCUGCAGGCUCUCUCUCUGAAGAGCCGAUCAGGUACUUUACUUGAUGUUGGAAGUGGUGAUGGACGGAUAGUCAUAGCUGCUGCUAAAGCUGAUUUCCAAGCAGAUGGAGUAGAGCUUAAUCCUUGGCUUGUAACGUAUUCAAACAUAUCUGCAUAUAGAAAUGGUGUUUCAUCAAAAACAUCAUUCUUCAAAAAAGAUCUGUGGAAGCAUCACUUCAACAAGUACAACAAUGUUGUGAUAUUUGGAGUUGAAGAAAUGAUGUACGAGCUAAAAGAAAAAUUCAGAGCAGAACUGGGACCAAACACUGCAGUGGUAGCAUGUAGGUUUCCGCUUCCAUCCUGCAAGCCUAUUUAUAAGAUUGGUGAAGGAGUGGAUACAGUGUGGUACUAUGAAACUCCUUUUGUAGAUGUAGAAGACAAGGCAGAAUGUGACUAGCUAAGGAGAUUUUUUAUUGUACAAAUUGAUUAUUAUUGAUAGUCUUAGAUAUACAUAUAUGUAAUUAAUAAAUAAGAUAAUUUCUAACAACAAAAUUCUUGUAAAAGAAACAAAUCUCCUUUAUAAAUAAUACUUGUAUAAAUAAA